AUGGCGACAAUCGACCAAUCGCUCAGUAAAGAUUGCGAGUUCGUUGAUGCGGAGCCUGACCUAGAGCUAGUGCCUGAUUUGGAAGACGAAGAGCGUUUCUCUGACGAGGAAGCUGAUGUGAAGCUUGCAAAGUCGAAGCUUGUGAAAAACGAGGUUGACGAGGAGGAUGAGGAAGAAGGCAUACCAGAUUUUAGUGCAUUACUACUCUCAAGAGAACACACGAUGGCCAUUCGAGGAUUAAAGCUCGGUGAACCAAACGGUUCUGAUGAACAUCGGACUAAAUUACAAGAAUCCAUGGACGCUUAUAUGCUCGUACUGUCUGAAGAACGUCGUGCAGCCAAGAGGACGAUCGUGGAAGCUACGUGGCUACCUAAAGAACGCAUGGCCGAGAUCAUUCAACCAACAGGAGUACACUUUAUGACGACAGGACGACUAACAGUCAAGGGAAAGCUUCGACUGUUUCCCGAAGAGACUUUGUACUUGAUGGAACGUAGUGUCGUUGUAUUAAGAGUCGGUGCUGGACUCGUGUCGCUACAGCAAGCAUAUCUCUUAUUGCUGGAUUCGUGGUGCACGUUAGAAAAGUGCCAAGCGUACAUGUACCUGAGACGGCUUGGGUACUGCGUGUAUCGGCAUAGUCUGCUGAAAGAAUCAGACUUGAUAAUACCACAAGCAGACAAGGCCCUGAACGAUUUAGAACCCACAAAAUCGACUGUGAUAGUGUGGAAGCCACUAAAUCAAGUCUUGUCCUUCUUGCUAUCUCGAUUCACGAGCUGGUGGAAACCACCACGAAAGUCAAAUGUAUAUGAUGCACUAGUGAAUACGUCCGAAUGCAUAUCAUUUGAUGAUAUUUAUAAACAGCUUCGAGUGAUACCGCUACCCAUUCUGGAAUCACCUCUAAGUGCUACAUGGGCUUUAGACUUUGACGCGUACAAGCCUCGAAGCCAUUUCAAAAAGUCAAAUCCAGGGCCUCCAUCGUUUAGUUUCACUGUCAUCAAGUCGACCGAUUCAAUUCCUAUAUCUAGUGAAUUCGAGCAUCUACAGUCUCAAGUACCUGAUAUACCAGUCAAACUAGUGGUACUAGAUGGUGCUGUGGAAAAGGCUUACUACAAUGGGGCAGAAGUAGCCGUAAAAUCAAUCGACGUCAACGGACAACGGCAGAAUGUGCUCAAUCUUCGCAAAGAAGCCGGAGUCUUGAUCUCUUUACGACACCCAAACAUUGUGUAUUUCUAUGGUAUCACGGAAACUACAAACCUGCAUCGACGCCGAUAUCUUGUUAUGGAGUACAUGGAGGGAGGGUCUCUAGAUGGUCGUAUAACUAGCAUGACGGAUUGGAAGGAACGAUUUAAAAUUGCUAUGGAUGUCGUUCGUGGACUUUUGCACAUACACUUCCGUAAAAUAUUACAUAGGGAUCUUAAGUCAGCGAAUAUUUUGCUGGACGGGACUGGACGAGCCAAACUAGCUGAUUUUGGGCUCGCAUCGCAGAGUGCUGCUGAUUUGGCUUCUGCUGGAAAGAUUGGUACAAUGGCCUACAUGGCUCCUGAAUUAAACGCCGGUACAUCACAGGCUACGGAAGCUACAGAUGUAUAUUCUCUCGGUGUCUUGCUAUGUGAGAUCGGAUCAUGUAUUGGGCCAUACGGAGUGCCGCUUGAGAAGAUUACGAGUGGCAAUAUCAAGUGGUUUUGGCUGGGAAAUACUCCUAAAAUGGAUCGGUGGCCAUGCCCUAUUCCAUUCAAAGAGUUGAUUGUUCGGUGCCUGUCUAUUCAGCCGGAAUCGCGACCUACUGCGAAUCAAGUCAUGGAAUAUAUGCAACUUUAUCAGGAUGAAAUGCUCCAGUAUGGAUUAGUCAAGACUGGAUCAUCUGCAAGCUUACUCGCGCCAAAUCCACCGCAAUCGGCGCUGGAUAACUUUGCUCAGCGCUUUGGUCCUACUUCGUGGCAAUGCAAUCUCAAGUUCAAGGCUCAUUCUUUUUUUAUCAGUUACCGUGUCUCAUCUGAUUCCCUAUCCGCAAAGUUACUGUGGUACGAGCUCCGAAAUAACGAGCUCCACGGGUAUUUGGAUGAAGAAUGCCUCCAACCAUCUAUGUCCUUUGAAGCAUCAUUCUUGGCUGGUCUGCUUCGAUCAAGGAUUAUAGUGUUGAUAGUGUCCAAACACGCAAUAUUGCCUUUUAGAGAGGCUGAUAAGAAGCCAGAUAAUAUGCUUCUUGAGUGGGAAAAUGCUCUGGAAGCCAAGAACUCGAAGCAAUCACGAGUAUACCCAGUCUUUGUAGCUAGUCAAGACAAGCAAGGGAAAUGGGUCGAAUUUACUGACUUUGAUAUCUCUGUCUUUCCAAAUGUCAAACAUGCUCACCCUAUGAGCAAGACUCAGCUGACGAUUCGAGAGACAGUUCAACGAAUGUUUGCUAUAGAAGGAACCAAAGUUUUCAAAGUUGAUAGAAACAUGAUUCCAGGCCUGAAGAUCGUCCUGCAAUCACAAAUUGCAGUUGAUUCCGAUCGAGCCGCAGAACUAGCCCAACUACAAUAUCAAAAGGGAGAGUUCGAAAAGGCAGUAUACUGGGCCAAGAUGUGUAUUGACCUAACGUCUCAUGCUACCGGACAUUACAUAUACGGAUUGUGCUUGGAGGAUGGGUCUGGUGGUGAAAGCAAGAAUACAGCGCUGGCCUCUGAACAGUUUCAGAAGGCUUCGGAGCGUGGCAGUAUGGACGCUAGGAUAUACUUGCAGAGUCGGUCAUCGCUCCAAACGACUAGCAAUCCGUCCAGCGCUGGAUCUUCUGCUACAUCCUCGAUGGGUGUUUUGUCGAGUGAUGACGCCAAUAGUAAAACUACCAAGGCAAUCCAAAAGCUCUCGGGCUUCCCCAAAGCACAAUCAUUCUGGACGGAAAACUUUGGACUCGUGGAAGAAGUGGAAUUCCAGAAAUUCGUAAACGCUGUUCGGCUGGAAUCGGACGAUAUCAUGCUCAGACGUCUGAAAACCGAUUCAGUCGAAACGAAAGCGUUUCGAGCAAUGAUAUGUCAGAGUGCUGUGGACAGAGUAUGGAUUCACGACCUGUUGUUAUUUUUACGAGAGCACAAGGCUACUCCUGCUAGUUCUGUCGCGGAUGUAUUGGCUGUUGCUAUUGAUUCUCCAGAGGACGCAUCGUCGAGUCCAAAUCAAGGAGUGGCUGUUGCUGUUACGUCUUCUGCCGUUGGUCCACCUAUAUCACCGGUGACGCCAAUAUCACCAGUAUUGCCAGUGACAAGCGGGCCUCUUGAGACUCGAAGGGAGAUUAUCACGUUGACCGGUCAUGCUAAGAGUGUUUACUCACUUUUCGCUUUACCAUCUCCUGACAAUUGUGUUUUCAGUGGUUCUGGUGACAACACAAUUAAGAAGUGGUCAUUUAUGACCAAUCAAUGCGAAAUGACUUUCUCAGGCCACACCGGCUUCUUAAACUCUGUAGAUUCAGUCUUUGUGUUUCAGGGAGUCCUGUACUCAGCAUCCCGUGACAAGACUGCGAAACAGUGGGAUCUCAAGACUGGUAAAGUGAUUAGAACGUAUAAAGGGCACACCGGGCCCGUAUGGGGUUUGCAUGUGAUACCUCAGAGGCUGUUUACGGCUUCAGCAGAUAAGACGAUUCGUGAAUACGAUACGAAUUCUGGGCAGCUGGUUAAAGUUUAUACGGGGCAUACGAAUGAGGUUUUCACGGUUUGGGUGGAUGGGACUGUGAAUAGGAUGUUUAGUGCUAGUCAAGAUAAACGUAUCAUCGAAUGGAACAUACAAAGUGGCAAGCAAGUGAAAACCUAUCUUGGACAUACAAAUUCUGUUUAUUCAGUCAAGGCUCUUUCAGAGCUGAAUCGGAUGUGGUCUGGAUCAUGGGACGAGACCAUUCGUGAAUGGAAUACUGUUACGGGAGAUUGUGUACGAGUAUACUCCGGCCAUACAGGUUCCGUAUCCACGUUGUGUGUACUGGGAGCACCAAAUUUUAGAUUAUACAGUGGAUCUCACGAUAGGUCUAUACGUGAAUGGGAUAUCAAUACAGGACAGGUGGUUCGACAAUACAUAGGACACACAAAUUACCUCACCUCUAUCUUCUGCCUGCUGCCGAGUAAUUUAAUGUUUUCUGCUUCAUUAGGAACGACAAUGAGAGUUUGGGAUAUAACUCCUUAA